AUGCAGACAUAUAACCGCCGCGACGAACUCAACGAGACUCUCCAUGCGAUCCUGAGCGAAGAGAUUCCGUCUCUGCUCGAAGUUGUCGUGGUAUGGAACAAUGUCGACGACCAAGCGCCUGCCGAUUACGUCUCCGAGCACCGCGUCCCCGUGCGGUACCGGCAGUCGCCAGUCAACAGCCUGAACCAGAAGCUCUGGCCCGAUCCCGCCUACAAGACGCAGGCCAUCCUCCUCAGCGACGACGACGUGCACUACCACCCCUCGGACGUCGAGUUUGCCUUUCAAGCCUGGCGCGCGUUUGGCCGGCACCGGAUGACGGGCGCCCUCGCGCGCUGCGCCGAACCCAUCGAGGACGGCAAGCUCAGGUACUCGCUCUGCGCCGAGGACCAGGAUGCGUACGCCAUGGUCCUGACGAACCUGGCCUUUGCGCACAUUUCCUUUAUGGACUAUUAUUGGUCCGACGAGGCGGACAUGACCACGAUGCGCAAGUACGUGGACAAGCACAUGAAUUGCGAAGACAUUGCCAUGAACCACGUCACGUCGCUGCUGACGGGCCAGGGACCGCUGCAGGUGGCCGGGCGCAAGAGGUAUGUCAACAUGGAGCCCGCGUCGGGCAUUAGCAGGAAGCCGGGCCAUAUUGGAGCUCGGAGCCAGUGUCUCGACGACUUUGCCGACAUUUUCGGGUGCAAGGCCCUGAUUAACGAGACUGGCCACAUUCAACGGAGUGUAGUAGUACUAUGA